CUCUUUCACGUCUUCACAUCAUGGAUUUGAGAACUGAGAACAACGCCAGACCAGAUCCCAUGCAUAGCAUUUGAGGCCGACCUGUGCACCUGGUACCCUUUUGCGAGGAACAUUUCCCAUAUCACGGAUUCGAUCCUGGCUUGUGGAUGUUGAUUCAGUGCAACCGGCCUGCAGCCUUGCCCUGCGUCCUCUCAGCCCCUGGUUUCCUCUUCCCACUCAAUGCCACAUUUUGUUGGACGAUAGCCUCGCCUUCAUGAUAUCCUCAGCUGUUGGGUUUCACAAUGCCUCCGCGGAAGUCGGCCUUGCGGCCGCAGGCCACCAAUCUUGCGCAACUCAAGAGCGCCAUCACCGGAACACCGGUGACAGCUCGCAGUGAGGCGCUGGAAGACCUGGCCGCUUUCUUCCGGAAUCCUUCAUUGAACCACGAGGCUCUGAAAGACAAGGAAUACCACAGCAUCUGUGAAGCCUUGUUCCGUGCCGCUCUGGUUGACAAGGAAUUGCUAUUGAGUGGAAAGGGCGUAGGAACGGCGAACGAAAGGCUUCGCCGCUGUGCCAGGGCGUUGCGUGAGACCGUCGGCCAUGGCGUUUCCAAGUUCAAGGGAAAGACAGUAAGGGCCAUCAUCGAUCACAUCACCGACACUCUUCCCACAUAUGACGGAGAUUUCUUGGAGCCUCUCGCGAAGGAUUACAUGCAGACAUUUGUGCUUCUACUCGACAGUCCAACACAUGUUGAGAACCUGGCCUUGAAAGAUGGCAGCGGCUGGGAACAGUGUGUCAUGUUUGUCCUUGACAGGAUCUCCAACCUCCUGGACAGCAAUGAUUCUGCCCCUGCCUCCAUCCUCACUGGACGAGACUCGCCAGUGCCAGGGACAGCUCGUCAGUCCUCGGUUGGCCCUUCGAGCGCUCGAUCGCGCCCUGGUACCCAGCGUGGUACUGUUCAAGUCCAGCGCAACGAUCUGCUGGUGCUUCUCCAGUGUCUGCAGUCUCUCUUCUCAGCCCCGAAUGCCCCCUACAUGUCAAAGCGCAAAGAAGUGGCCGAUGCUGUCUUACAGGUGUUGCGGCUGCGAUACGAUUUGGACAAGCUGCACAGAUUUGCGUUUUCAAUUCUGAACAGCAUCUUGUUACACACUGCCGGUGAUGAUCCUGCCCUCGGUCAGCACUUGACCAGAGAGCUUGUGCCACUUCUUGGCUACUGGUGGCAGAGCCGGACCCUUGAUAAAGAUGAACUCCAGUUCUCAGUCCGGGAUGAAAUGCUAAAAACCAUGCAUGCAAUCAGCGUCUACCUGGAUUACCUGUUGCAGGAUGACCCAGCUGCGGCCCUCCUUCAGCAGGUGGAGGAACUCUUGGACGAACUCUGGGGCGAAUACUCAUCGCGCAACCCAAGGGCUCGUCUUCAACUUGACGAUGUUACCUUUUCAUCUCUGAAAGCUUCAACCGGCCAUUUUGCAACGGACCUCUUUGCUCUGAAGCCUUUCGACCAACACGCCGAACGCCGCUGGGCCUUGGUCGCGGUCAUGUCUCGCCUUGAGUUCAUAUUCCUACAGCAUUCAAAAAGCAACUCGCAGCGCCUGGCGACUGAGGACCGUCAGCCAAGGAAGAGACAACGUCGUGCUGGAGGUUCCAACCGGAUACACCAAAAACUGCUGUCAUCCGAUGUUGGUGUCAAGCUGACAUCACUGCAACUGCUGCCCUUCUUCCUGCCCCUGAGCAACCUGGACCAAGAGGAAAUCCUGACGGUGAUGGAGGACUUGUUGCCCAUGAUAGGUGACAAACAAGGCCUUCUAUCGUCUUGGGCAAUGAUCGCAUGUGCCAGCUGUGCUCUCCAAUCGCAAGCGAAAGACGAAAGUACAGAGGCACGAUGGAAACAAGUAUGGCAACUGGCCGUCAGGUCCAUCAGCAUACCCAGCACUUGCCGAGCAGCAUGCGUACUACUUCAUGUCAUUCUUCAAACACGUCUGGUACCACACCAUGCAAUUGCAAAUGAUGUCAACAACAUAGUGACAAUGGCCGACAUAUGCGGACCCGCUACUCUCCUUGACUCGUCUUUGGUCUUCAUGCAUUGCUUGGCCAAUAUACGCAAUUCUUUGGCGCCGAGUGCCAGCCAAAAGACCUCCAGCUUCAUAAUCCGAUGGGCAUUUACAAUGUGGCGACCAUCGGAAGCUACAUACGCCUCAUCACUGGCAAAUAACAUGGUGCCGAUUGACCUGGUCAACCUUCUCCUAUUAUGCUGUGGUGUGUCCCAAUUUGAGAUUCCGAGGCGAAUAGGGCUGGUAGGUGGCGGGCUCAGCCAAUUCUGGAAAUGCUACAAUGACACCAUUCCGAUGACGCGAUAUCUACUGCUCCUGAGUGAGGAUGAACCCGCAGGAAGCAAUCAGUAUCUAAUACAGCCCUCGGGCGGAGGUGAUGGAGGGCAAUUCUCGGAUUUGGACGAGAUAUCUACCUCACAGCCCUCAAGCUCUCAGACCUCGAAGACGCUGAUCCUGGAUUUGCUCCAUCCCAAGCUGGUUGACUUUGUCGAGAUGCUGGAACCUGCCUCACAAACGGGCAUCCGCCGAGCCGACGUUCCAACGAUGCACCUUUCUUCUGAUCGACUACGAAGUAUGGUGGCAUGCUUGAUCUCAAGCAGCAUUCUCUUAUCACACCUCGAAGUCGCGGAGAAUCGGGGAAUUAAUGAUGUCAAUGCCCUUUUAUCAAGCUUGUGGGAAAGGGUCUUUCGGAUGGUCGUGUCCUCUGGCAGUACCGAAUCUUUCGAGUUAGUCCUGGCGAUGCUCGCUCCUUACAUCCCUCCUUUGGACUCGUUGCGAGUGCAGCAAUUCUGUAGCAGAGAGCCACACCUUCUGCAGCUGUUUGCCAGCCUAUCAGGCAUGAUAGAUGAGCACCGCAACCAACGGAGGACCACCCAGGAUUCCGACGCUAUGGACGUGGACGACGCAUUCGAGACAAGAGACAGACGCAAGCAACCUGGCGACGGAGGCUUUACUAUUCCCAGGAGGAAGACCGCAUCAAGUAUGAGCACCAGCGCAUUCUUCGAAACAACGAAAGCAAGACUCCAACUCUUUUCAGAGUACUUCCGCGACCUUGGAAAGGUUGGCCUUAUCCCUGAUAACUUCAUGGACAAAUUUCUCUCGCUCGAGGACGAUCGCUUCCUUCUUUGCCGGGAAUUCCUCGUCGAACUUCUUCAAUCCGACUUCGGCAAUGUCUCCAACUACGCCAAAGAUAUUGUUGAGCAGACUGCGGCCAUAGUUUUCAAAAAUCACUACAAAACAAGCGAGGUUGCUUUGUGCACGCUGGUCGACGUGCUCCUUUCCUUCGCGCCCGUAUGGUCCAUGGGAGAAGGUGAUGCUGACGUUAUUAACCCAUUCGUGGAUCUUUACAAUCUGCUUGUGAAGUCAGUCUGGCCAAACAACUUGAUGUCCCCGGAGGUCCAAUUAUCGUAUUCUGAGCUGCUUCUUCACCUGUGGGGAACGAACGCACAAUUUCACAAGGAUAAGAAGUCGUUGGUAUCACCCCCUCACAAGACCUUACUUUCAACACCUGAGAGCCUCAAGGAGACUCGCGCUGAGAUCCGUGACCCACGACCAGGCCCUUUGUGGGAUGGUUGCAUGCGCGCUAAAUUUUACAUCGCGCCGAGGCUGACUACGAUCUUCGAAUUCUUCGUUGUCAGCACCCACGAAGAUAUCUUCGUCGACAUCUUGAAAGCCUUACCAACCGACCCGGAGAUGAUGGAAGGUAUCGGUUUGCGAGUGUUCGUCUUGGCGGGCCUUGGUUGCAAGUGUCCUACACUGCUGAGGCGAUCUGUCUAUCAUAUUGUCGAGACAUCUGGAAAAGUCGUCGGGUCUGCCAAGUAUGCCACCCGCGGCAUGAAGAUGGUUUCCCUGGCAAGAUCGUUGAAAUCCCCUCAAGAACUCUUCCAGUUAUUCGCGCCCCAGCUUCUCUACACCUGGCUUGAGAAGGACUCUUUCGAAGACAUUCCUUUCAGCAUAUUCGGUUUUGCCAGCCUCGAUGAUCUCCUCCAGCGGUCGAGCAUAGAGGCCACAGCCCUUAUGAUCAUGCGAUGUCAGGAUGAAGCAGUGAAUGACCUGGCCAGUAGGCUUCAAGUCACCCCUGUGACAUUGGUCGAGCAGGGGUAUUCAAAGAUCAUGGCUUAUUCGAUCAUGCACGACCUUUCCACGUCUAAAGACUCAUCAACGUCCUCAGAAUCUCGAGUCCGGAAGCUCCUCGGCAAAGAGCUUUGGCUUGAAUUCAUUUAUCGUAAUUUUGCCGACAUCAUUGGACAUUUCUGCGAUCUCAUCGACCAAGAGGAUGUGGUUGAAGAUGCGUGGCGUAGGGAUGAGACUUUCGCGUACGCCGCGGACUGGAUGGACCAGAUCAAGCGCUGCGGCCAAUCCUCCACAUCGCUAGGACCAAAUCAGCAGCCCAUGUUUAAGGGAAAGUACCUCAAUCGGGCAAUUUCACAUCUGGUCCGAAGAACGAGCUACGAUGUUAUGUCCAUGUGGACGCAACCCCUGGUUACGUCUGUGGCGCGGAGGCUCUUGAAUACCAUUCAUCCUGCUCUGGGGCCUUUGCAUGCACUGUCAGUUAUCCGGAAGGUUCGCAUACUGAUAUGUCUUGCCGGUGCCCAAACUACGUCUUCUUAUCCUCUCGAGAUGCUGUUACGGUCAAUCCGACCUUUCCUUUCAGACUCACAGUGUGCGGAUGAGGCUCUCGCGAUGAGCAACUGGCUGAUAUCGCAAGGCCAAGUCAGCUUGGCACAGACACCCUCAUUCUUAGCUGGCUAUGCUUUGUCUACGCUGGCCAGCUUGAGGAUGUUCCUGGAGUCCAGCCAGGCCAGCUCUACAGAGGAGAGCCAAUUCAAGUCGACCGUGAGCAAAGCUCAAAACUUCCACGGCUGGUUCGUCAAACUGCUGAAGGGUUACGACUCCAGCUCAGCCGCCUUCAAGUCGGAUAAACAGGCGCAAGCGUUCAAAGCAAUCAUCGAGUCAGCAUCUAAUAUUCGAUCAUCAGGGAACUCUCAGAAAGACACGCAGGAAAGCAGGCUCUUGCUCGAAAUACUAAAGGACGCGGAGCAAGAGGCCGAGCUGCUCAACGAGUCUGCUCGUGACCUAGCUUUACGAAUGCUUUGCGGCGAAUUCAAGAUCCCGAAGGCCAACAGAGACGACAUAAUCGACACUGAUGACGACGCUCGUGCCCAUGGACCGAUGAUCUGGAAGAGUUGUAAGGCUGUCAACUCCAGUAAGGAAUACCUGACAUGGGCAGGACGAGUUGUUGGCACUUCCUAUGCGGCGUCUGGCAGUAUUCCGCGCGAUGUCCUGAGAGAAUCACAAUUGUCGUCCUAUCAAAGGACGAUGGGAAUCAACGGCGAUUCUGUCCACGGUCUGCUGAGAAUCUUGGCAAAGCUGACAUUGAGGGACAACUCGAUUCAUGCUGGUCUUGCAGAAUCUGCCCUGAGGCGGAUUGUGUCCCAUGCGUCCUCCACGGAAGAUCACGAUCUGAUUGCAGAUUGCAGUCGAAGUCUUCCAGAGAACCUCCUUGCGUCGUCGGAUUGGUCACAGUAUCAGACACCUCCCACAGACAGCGGCCUUGCCCGGCACGCCAAGGGGGGCGUGUUCGAGGCUGAGAGCAUAGAGUCGUCUACUUGGGCCCAAGACAUUGCGAUCCACCUUGCAUGCUCCGUGAAGAGAAAUGCAGUCCUCACGACCCUGCCUUCAAUUCUGAGCGAGAUCGGUGGCUUCGCCGAGCAAGCCCUGCCUUUCAUUGCCCACUUGGCACUUCUCGAGGAGCUCAACAGCCAGAGACCGCUGAAGCGGGGCUUGUCCACCGCCUUCAAGGAGUGGUUGAAGUCGGGUUCCCCAGCAGCCAGUGACAACAUCAAAUUGGUGGUCAAUGUCAUACUCCAUCUUAGAACAAGACCAUUUCCAAAUGAAGGGUCGAUUGCCGAUAGAUCGCAUUGGCUUGACUUGGACCUGGCGAGUGUGGCAGAAGCAGCUACAGGGUGUGGGAUGUACAAGGUCGCCUUGCUUUUUGCCGAACUGGCCUCUUCAGAAACAGUGAGAAGCUCACGGCGGUCUUCGGCUGCAGCAAGAGAAACAGAGGACUCCCCAGAGACGUUGCUGAAAGUGUUCGAAAACAUAGACGAUCCGGAUGCCUACUACGGUCUCAACCGUACAGCGUCCCUGUCUAAUGUGUUGGCACGACUCGAAUUUGAAAAGGAGGGUGGGAAGAGCCUGGCGUUUCGCGGUUCUCAAUAUGACAGCCAUUUACGUUUGAGGGACUCGGAGGCAGAUCGUGACGGACAGUCUCUAGUCCAAAUUCUCAGUGGAUUGGGGCUGGCUGGCCUCUCGAACUCCUUGCUGCAAGUUCAACAACACCACGAUGAUUCUGCCUCCUUGGAUGGCACCUUCACUACCGCUAGGCGACUGGAGAUAUGGAAUCUGCCUGCACCUCCAAGCCUUGAGAACCAUGCCGCCACAUCCUACCGGGCUUACCAAUCCAUAUACAGGGCUGUGGAGAUGGACCCUGCAAGACUUGCUGUACAGGACGGAUUGGCGACGACAAUGAAGCGUCUCGCCACCAAGGACUUGAGAGUGUCCGACUUGCGCCAACAUCUGGGAACUCUUGCAGCCCUUACUGAACUGGACACUGUUCUGGGUGUUACGAACUUUGCUGAGCUCGAGAAAGUAUUGGCUGACUUUGAGGCCCGGUCGACGUGGAUGAUGAGUGGAAGGUACGACGACGUCAGUCAGAUUCUGUCGCAUCGUGAGACGACCUUCAGUGUUCUCGGGCAAAAGAACAUGCUUCGAAGCACGUUGAAUCUCACUUCACCGGAAACCCGAUUGGUUGAGGUUCGGAGCAUGCUGCUCUCAUCAAGUAUCUAUCGAUUCCACCAUGCAAGGCAAGAGUCGUUGAACGUUGCGACAAAGCUGACAGACCUUGUCGGCUCAAGCGAGGCGAUCGGGUUGAAUAUUGAUGCGGCUGUCUCGAUGGAGACAGCCAACUCGUUCUGGGACUAUGGGGAAAUGAUUCCGUCCAUCAGACUCUUGCAGGGGCUCCAGGGAAGCCCUUCAUCUCUGAAAAAACAGAGCAUCCCUGUCACCCACGCCGACCUGCUUUCAAAGAUUGGAUAUCAGGUGUCGGUGGCAAAACUCGAGACAGCCGAUAGCAUCCAGAAGAAAUACCUGGAACCUGCGCUCAAGGAGCUGAAGGGCAAGAGCUCCGGCAAGGAAGCGGGACAGGUGUUCCACCAGUUUGCAGUGUUCUGCGAUGAGCAGCUGCAGGACCCAGACAUGUUGCAAGACUUGGGCAGACUGCAGCGUCUAGUUCAGACCAAAGCGGAUGAAGUGGAGCACUACAAGAAAGAGUGCAGAUCAGCAAAGGUUACCCAGCUCAAGGAACAAUUUGAGAGAUACCAAAGGACAGCCGAGAAAUACUUGCUUCUCGACCAAACUGAGCUCCAGCGCACCCAGAGGACCCGGAACGAAUUUGUCAAACUGAGCCUCGAAAAUUAUCUGCAGUCCUUGUCUGCCUCGGACGACCAUGACAGCGAUGCACUCAGGUUCACUGCGCUGUGGCUCGAACAGUCCGAGACAGACGUCGCAAAUGCGGCGGUCCACUCACUUCUCCGGAAUGUGCCAACCCGCAAAUUCGCCUCGUUGAUGAAUCAGCUAAGCUCACGUUUGCAACUCGACAAGACUCAUUUCCAGACUCUGCUGAGAGACUUGGUCUGCCGUAUCUGUUUCGACCAUCCGUAUCAUGGCAUGUAUCAGAUCUGGUCGGGAAUUAGGACGAACCCGAAUGCAGAGGACGAGGUUGCCCAGCUGCGCAAGUCUGCCGCAACGAAGCUUACGGAAGAGUUUGAACGCCAGAAAGGCAGCGUCGCAAUUACGUGGGACGCGAUUAAAAAGGCGUGCGGGUGCUAUCAUUACUUGGCCAAGGAAAAGAAUGAACUGUAUAGGAGCGGAGCAAGACUCAAGGCUCAGGACUCACCGUCCGCGGCGACCCUGUCGAGGUGUCUCGCGAGGUAUCCCAUCCCGCCCCCAACCAUGGAGAUCGAGCUGCGUGCGGAUCGUAACUACUCAAUGGUUCCUGUGAUAGAGAGACUGGAUCCUACAAUGUCGAUCGCAUCCGGCGUCAGCGCCCCAAAGAUCAUCACAGUUGUUGCCAGCAACGGGCAGAGGUACAAGCAACUCGUCAAGGGCGGCAACGACGACCUUAGACAAGACGCAAUCAUGGAACAGGUUUUUGCAGCUGUCUCGUCCCUGCUGAAGCAACACCGAACGACCAGGCAGCGCAACCUCGGCAUCCGAACCUACAAAGUGCUGCCCCUCACGGCCAGGUCUGGGCUGAUCGAGUUUGUUGCCAAUACCAUACCCUUGCACGACUGGCUGAUGCCGGCGCACGAACGAUAUUACCCGAAGGACAUGAAGGGCAAUCUUUGUAGGAAAGAGAUAUCGAAUGUUGCAACUCGCACCAACGACGUGAGAGUCUCUACCUACCGCAAGGUGGCCGAGAAGUUCCACCCGGUGAUGCGAUACUUCUUUAUAGAAUCGUUCCCGGACCCGGACGACUGGUACAUCAAGCGGCUCGCCUACACGCGCACAACGGCCGCCAUAUCGAUGCUCGGGCACGUGCUCGGGCUGGGAGACCGACACGGCCACAACAUCCUCCUCGACCAGAAGACGGGCGAGGUGGUACACAUCGACCUGGGGGUGGCAUUCGAGUCGGGUCGCAUCCUGCCGGUGCCGGAGGUGGUGCCGUUCCGCAUGACGCGUGAUGUCGUGGACGGCAUGGGGGUGACCAAGACGGACGGGGUGUUCCGGCGGUGCUGCGAGUUCACGCUGGACGCGCUGAGGGAGGAGACAUACUCGAUCAUGACGAUCCUGGACGUGCUGCGGUACGACCCGCUGUACUCGUGGAGCUCGACGCCUAUGAGGCUGGCGAAGCUACAGGGGGCGGCGAGGCGGGCGGAGGAGGAGGAGGACCAGGGGGGGAACGGCGCGGGCGGCGGCGCCGGGGCGGACAAGAGGAAGAAGAAGACGGUGGUGAACGAGCCGUCCGAGGCGGACCGCGCGCUGGAGGUGGUGAGGAAGAAGCUGUCCAAGACGCUGAGUGUGACGGCGACGGUGAACGACCUCAUCAACCAGGCGACUGAUGAGAGGAACCUGGCGGUGCUGUACUCGGGAUGGGCGGCGUAUGCUUGAUGGGGGGUGUGCAUGUUGGCUUUAGCUAGGGCAUCGUGGAACAUAUACAUAAUUAGACCGUACUGGGCCUCGAAUGAAAUAAUUCAAUGUUGUCAA